AUGCGCCUUCUCAAUAUUGAGACACUUCAACUUGAGCUGUUUGACGGUGGUCCGAAAUGUGCAUACGCCAUUCUUUCUCACACCUGGGGUCAGGAGGAAGUGUCCUUCCAGGACAUGCAGGACCUAGCAAGGACACUAGGAACGACAUCAACAUUUGUCGAUAACGGCUAUUACACAGCAUCGUCAUCAAGAACCAAUACCGGAACGAGUGGACCUGUCGACUUCGGACACCACGGAGCGACAAACUACCACCCCGUCACUUCAAAGAAGGGCUACUCCAAGAUCCUGGGAUGCUGCGCGAAAGCUCGCACUGAAGGCUAUCGUUACGUCUGGAUAGAUACCUGCUGCAUCGACAAGUCCUCCAGCGCAGAGCUAUCCGAAGCCAUCAACUCCAUGUUCAAGUGGUAUCACGAUGCCGAGGUCUGUUACGCCUACCUCAGCGACAUAAGUCUUCCGGAAGUAAUACCACAGCACCAAUCACCGUAUCUGGACCAUCCGAUGUCAGACGGUGGUGGUAGUGGCGGCGGCGGCGGUGCGAUGUCCACCACGGAUGAGAUAGAAGAGCUCCUUCACGGAAGCAAGUGGUUCGCGCGUGGCUGGACGCUCCAAGAACUGAUAGCUCCGUCUGACGUCGUCUUUUGCGAUCACUCGUGGCGAGAGAUUGGCACGCGCGAGUCACUCAGCGACGACAUUGCCGCUAUCACGGGCAUCGAUGCUGGGCUGUUACGGAUGGAGAGGAAGCUAGGCGAGUUUAGUGUCGCGCAGCGGAUGUCGUGGGCAGCGGCAAGACGGACUACUAGGGUCGAGGACGAGGCGUAUUGCCUGAUGGGACUGUUUGAUGUCAACAUGCCGCUGCUGUAUGGAGAAGGACAAAAGGCCUUCAAGAGGCUCCAGCUGGAGAUCAUGAGGCAGUGUUACGAUCCUAGCAUACUCGCUUGGGCUAGCUCGGACUCGUAUGCAGUUAUCGAAGGGGUGCUGGCUCAGUCGCCGAGUAUGUUCGAGAGUUGUGGGGGGAUUACUUGGAACGCUGCUGAUGGGAUUGCGGGUGAUGACUAUAACGCUGGUGGUGCUCACCAGCCCAACAACUUCUACCACGAGAUAAUUGGGUCCUUUCUUCUGAAGAUGCGUGUUCCGAUAUCAGAUUUCAACGCCCGACAUACCGAGGAACAUAUAGUCUAUAGAUCCUACUGGGACGUCUUCGGCUCUCUUGACGACUCCAUAGUUCACGUCAAACCUCCCACUCUAGGAGAAUUAUCCGACGACAUUGAGGGUACCACUGCCGGUCUAAUAUACUUCCCUCGCCGCAUCGAAGAGUUCGAAUCUUCCUACCUCCACGACAGCCGGUUCCGCUCCUUCAACUACUCUUUCCUCAAACACAAAGUCAAAGACAUCAUGCUCGUUCCUCUCUUCGGCUGCACAGUCUUCUCACCAGCUUCCACCACGAAUGUGCGAUACACAGUAGGCAUAACCUUCUGCACCGACUCAGCCGGCCACUUCAAGCGGGUUCACUUCCCUUCACGCUUCCUCAUUCCUCCAUCGGACCUGCAGCACUUCUUUACACCCCCCGAACCACCUCCAUUGGAAUACAUCCAACAUGGACAUGAAAACGGCAGCCGUGGUCGGAACAGCUACCUCACCCUCCACCUCUCCCUAACAGGCACCGAGAUCCUUCUCCGCCCUCCCGUCCCCAAAUGGGCCCGCUGUCUAGUCCGCAUCCCUCCUUCCCUCCUCCCCCAAACAUCAGAAACUACUACUUCCCUAUCACACCCUCCCAUAUCAAUCUCAACCAUCCAAGCUCACAACCCAUCCACUUCUACCCCCUUCUCCAUCUCCCUCGCCUCCACGCCGAACCUCAUCCCUUCCUCUUCCUCUUCUUACUUCUCCUCCGCCUCCUCCGGUUUUUUCACCCCCACAAUAGCAACAUCCGGCCACAACCCUAGUCACAACCUCGAGGCAACAACCCACCACACGCUCCCCUGGUCCCUAACCCACACCAUACCGCCCCAAGCCGACGACGGUUCCGGCUGCUGGUACCUCGACCGCUGGUCCGAAGUCACCGACCGCGCUGACUUCAGCCAGCAGCCGUGUUUUAGCCUGCACAAGGCAGGGGUGCCGCGGGCGUUGGCGUUUCGACACGGUAUCGAUCCGGGGUUGGGGUUCUUGUUGGUUUUUUGGGUUGUGAGAUCAAGUGGGAAGGGGGCGGAUGAACAGUGGCUUGAGGUUACCGUACUAAAAAAAUGA